AUGAUCGGCCGACCAGCCUCCCCCAUUGGAAGCCACACCUUACUAAAUGACGUGCCACUUCUACCUACAUGGUCAAAUGGAGAGAGCGCACAGCAGGUGAUAUUGGUGCAGGUUAAUCCUGGGGAAACCUUUACAAUUAGGACAGAAGAUGGGCAUAUUCAGUGUAUUCAGGGUCCUGCGCAUGUCCCUAUGGUCUCCCCAAAUGGGUCGAUGCCCCCAAUCUUUGUGCCUCCUGGUUAUGUAUCUCAGGUUGUUGAAGAAAAUGGGGUGCGAAAAGUAUUGGUAUUGCCACAUUCAACAGAAUUUCAUCCUUCCAUGCAUCCGCCUCCUCAUGUGACACACUAUAUGCACCACCACCACCACCACCACCCUGCCCUGCUGGCUCACCCUCCUCAUCCAGUUUAUUCCCCAGUACCCGGCACUGGAGAAAUGCCACCACAGUAUAUACACCAGCAUCCUCCUCCCCCACAACACAUCUUCCAAGACCAAGAAGCACGUCCACUCGCAAGGACAAAUUUUAUACGAGAUGAAAGAACUACAAAAAUGCAGGAGCAGCUUCGGAAAAGGUUAAAAGACAGACAGAUCAGCGGGCACAGUAAUAAAAUGAACAGCCCACCUCCCUCCCCUCAUAAAGCACACAUUUCUGCUAAUGCACACAUACAGAAUGGCUACUCCAAGGGGCAGCAUUUGACAGGAGCUCCCAUUAAACUCAAGCAAAAUGCAAAGACCAGAGGUAGCCCACCUGCUGACAGCAAGGCUGUAGAUGAGGAAACAGAGCCUAAAAAACUACAGGACCUAAGACCUAGUAUGAGCAGACCUGUUGUCUCUAGUUUAGAGGCCCGAUCAGCAGCUUUGUCUUGGGAUCUUGAGAUCAGCACACUUAACAGAGAGAGUCCCACAACCCUCUUAUUAGGUACCUUCAUCUAUGAGGUGACUCUGUCCAACAAUGGAAAGAAUGGGAAGUUCAAACAUGUCUAUUCGGGAGAAGCUACUACAUGCACUUUGACAGAUCUUCGACCAGCAACAGACUACCAUGUUAGAGUUGUAGCAACCUGUCCAUCAUUAGAGGGCUCCAUCUCUGAUAUAGUGAAUUUUACAACCGAAAGCUGUGAGCCAGAACCUCCAACUCCCCCCAAACUCAUAAGCCGAAGCAAAAAUUAUCUAAAUCUACAAUGGAAGGCUUCCAAUGACAACGGUUCCAAAAUUACUGGCUUUCUGUUGGAAUGGGAUGAGGGGAAGCAUGGGCCCUUUAAAGAGUGUUACUUUGGUCAUGUUAAGCAGUACAAGCUAACAAAGCUGUCUCCAUCCACAAAAUAUGCAUUUAGGAUAGCAGCCAAAAAUGACAUUGGAAUGAGUGGUUUUAGCGAAACUGCAGUCUUCUACACGGCAGGGAGUGUUCCACCUACACCCUUGCCGCCAAGACUCAUGCAUGCAGGAAUUACAUGGCUGUCUUUAGAGUGGAGCCCACCCAAUGAUAUAUCUUCAGAUGAAUCGCUAACAUACACAUUAGAAAUGGAAGACGAGAUUUCAGGUUAUGGAUUUAAACCAAAACACAAUGGUGAAGAACUCACAUGCACUUUAAGAAACCUUCGGAGGAGUACGACCUAUAAAUUUAGGGUCUUUGCUUCUAACAGUGAAGGCCGAAGUAAUCCCAGCGAUGUUGUAGAAUAUACAACGUCUCCAGACAAACCUGGUCCUCCAAGUAAACCAAGUUUAAAGGGAAAAAUACACGCACACAGUGUAAAAGUAACUUGGGAUGUGCCAAAAGACAAUGGAGGGUCUGAAGUUUCAAAAUAUUUCCUUGAAAUUUCAGAUACAUUAAAUGGAAAUAAAUGGGAUGUUCUAUAUAGUGGGUCUGCAAAGGAACACGUUUGUGAUCAUCUCAAACCUGGUACUUCAUAUAGACUUAGAGUGUUUUGCACCAAUGCGGUGGGCUCAAGUCCGGUUUCUGAUGCCAUGACCUUUCAUACAGCCAUUGUGCCACCGGGUCCCUGUCUCCCCCCACGUCUUGUUGGCAAAGCCAAACCCAAAGAGCUUAACUUACAGUGGGCUCCUCCGUUCUCUAAUGGUGGCUCUGAUGUCACCAGUUACACAGUAGAGAUGGCAAACGCUGAUCAGGAGGAUCGACUAGCAGUGUACCAAGGAUCAGAGGUAGAAUGUACUGUGAGCAGUCUACUGCCUGGGCAGCCCUACUUCUUCUGGAUAAAGGCUGCGAAUAAAGCUGGGUGUGGACCCUACUCAGAAAAGGCUGAGUUUUGCACAGCUCCUGGGCCCCCUGAGAAAUGCAAAAUGCCACUCGUGGUCUGUAAGACAGCGAACACAGUUCUUGCUAGCUGGGAGAGUCCUGCUUGUAACGGUACAGAAAUAACUGAAUAUAGGUUAGAAUGGGGACGAAUGGAAGGAUGUAUGCAGAUAAUCUACAGUGGUCCAUGCACAAGUUAUGAAAUCAAAGGACUCUCAGCGGCAACCACGUACUACUGCCGAGUUCAGGCUGUAAACAUGGCUGGAGCUGGAAUGUUUGGAGAGACUGCAUUUAUAACAACUCCAGCAUCUGUGCCAGCUGCAGUGACCUCCUUACAUGUAAUUGAUAAUGAGCUUCUGGAAAGUUCUACAUCUUCAACUUCUGAAUGCCUCGCUAUUCAGUGGAAGGAGCCCUGUUGUAAUGGGGCAGACAUUACUGGAUACAACAUCGAGUAUGGAGAAAAGCAGCAGCUAACUGUGGACAAUAUUACAAGUUGUUUUUUGCAAAAUCUGGUCCCUGAUCGCACUUACAGAAUAAGAAUUCAGGCCAUAAACAGCCUUGGCGCAGGUCCUUUCAGUCAGUCUAUUAAAGCCAAAACAAAACCUCCACCCCCUAAUCCUCCCCAUCUGGAAUGUGUGGUUUUCAGCCAUCAGAGCCUAAAGCUGAAAUGGGGUGAUGGGUCCAGCAAAGCUUUAGCAACAGAGACAUCGCAAUUUAAUUUAGAAAUGGAAGAUAAACUCAGUCGAUUUUACACCAUCUACAAUGGGCCCUGUCACACCUACAAACUUCAGAGACUAAAUGAAUCAACCACAUACAACUUCCGAAUCCAGGCAUACAAUGAUGCAGGAGAGGGACCGUUUUCAGACGUUUACAGCUUUACUACAACAAAAUCUCCCCCACCAGCAUUAAAAGCACCUAAAGUGCAACAGGUGGAAAGCAAUGUGUGUGAAGUGACUUGGGAGCCUUUGCAGCCAAUGAGGGGAGAUGCCAUUGUUUACAUUCUUCAGGUUACCUAUGGGAGAGAGGUUGAUCAGGUAUACAAGGGCACUGAAACAUCUUUCAGUUUCACAAACUUUCAAACUAACUGUGAAUAUCGUUUUCGAGUUUGCGCUGUACGGCAAUAUCAAGAUGCCACUGGAAUGCAGGAAUUGUAUGGUCCUUAUAGUCCAAGUUCUACAUUCUCAUCUCAAAGACCAGAGCUGGUUUUACAGUACGUUAAUCCAACAGAAAUCGCAAAAAGCAAGAAGAAGCCUCUAAGUGAUGAGCAAUUUGCGCUUUUUCUUCUCACAAUGUUUGCUUUUGUGGCAUUUCUGUUUGCUGUUGUAAUACAAUAUUUUGUAAUCAAGUAGAUUUUAGAUUCUUCUUCCUAUAUCUGAAUGACUUCUCCCCCAUCCCCAAUAUUUAUGUUUAAUUAUUCUAAUUAAAGAUAAUGGUUGAAAUGAUUGUAUUAUAUAAGUGCAUUUACAAUCUUGCUGCUCUCUGACUGAGAGGCUGGAAUAGCAGAACUCUUCCUGUAUAUGGAACAUAAAACAUCAUGUAUCUCUUAGAAAGGGAAUUGUUGUCCUGUGUUUGGGACCAUGGUGUAAAAUGCCUUAAAAGACUUUAAUGUCAAGACGGUGCUGUUCGUUUAUAUGGAACAUUGGCUUUUGAAGCAUGUCGUCCUUAAAUGUUCAGCUUUGCAAGUGGUAGGUAAUAAAAAAGCAAGAGUUUCGUAAAGCAAAAUAUUAGUGUUGGUUCUCAACCUUGGCCUUUAUGAUCGCUUGGCAGUAAAGGGGUAUUUUGAAAGGUUUAGGGCAUUAGGAAAUCUUUGAAGAAUAUUGUGAUUUGAUUAUGUAUUUGGAAAGUGAAGAGCAGAGGAAUCUGCCCCAAACACAUUUAUUGUUUAAAUCCUUAUUGCAUAACCCCUAAUCAGUUAAAUCUUGCUCUGUACAAUGUGGAUUCUCCCCCCUUUCUAGUAGGCGUGGUAUAUUCAGAUGAGAAGGGUUUUCUUGGGGAGCUUCAGAAUGUUACUCUACAAUUAGAUUAUAUUCGCUCAGGCAGCAUUCUGUACUAUGUGAAAGAGCUAUUAGUUAUGAAUGUACCCUGUGUAUACUAUAAAUAUGUUUUGGGGGAGAGCUAGCAUUUAACAACUUUCCUGUUGCAAGAAAAUUAGCAGUCUAAAUCGUAUGUUCUUUGGCGUUUCUACUUAAAACAUGACAUCAUUUAUUUGGCUGCAAACAAGAUAUAUUGCUUAUGGAUAAUGACUAUGUAGUGACAUUGGACCUAAUAAACAAAAAUAGCAGCAGUUUGUAUGUACAAUCAAGAUGGACCUGUACUGCAAAACCUUAAGCUGCUUUGGUUCAAGCAAAUAAUUUGCACAAAAAUUAUAAAAUAAACAAAGGGAAAAAUCAAAUAGAUUUAAGUAGGUAUUGCUUUUCUUUAGCCAGUCUGAAUAAAAUGGCCCCAGCAAGCAUUGCAACACACUGCUGUUUCUAGUCCCCUCCAGUUCUAAAGUAUAAAUUAUAUACUGUAUGUGUGCUUGCACAAGCGUGCCAGACUUUCUAUGUGUUGUGUUUAUAUAUAUAUAUAUAUAUAUAUAUAUAUAUAUAUAUGCACAUUUUUUUUCUCUCAAUUCUCAAGAUGCAGGGAUAUGUUUAAUCAAUACAAAACAUAUUUCUACCUUUGCAAGUUUAUAGGCCUUAUGACCCAUACUGUGUAUUUGUAUCUUGUAUUUGUAUUGCCGUUUCAAACUGCUUUGCAUUUCAUUUGUGUUAAAAUGUUUCUGUGCUUCUAAAGAAUAUAUUGCAGCACUUUCUGAACAAGCACAGAUUUGUCUUUAAGGAGGUAAAAGUGCAUUUAUUAUAAAUGUUAAACAAUUUGGCUCAAACUGAGCAAAUAAAUGUUUUUAUACUGUCUGUUGUCUAACAAAUAAGUCGCACGAUUUUUUAUUUUAUUUUAAAGAAAUGCUCAUAUAAUGUAUUGUCUACUAACCUAAAUAUUUUUACUUAUAAGAUUUGUUUUGUAAGAAGUUAUGCUGAUAUAUAUAAUUAUUUAUAUAUAUAUAUAUAUAUAUAUAUAUAUAUAUAUAUAUAUAUAUACAUUCCAUCACAUUAUAUUUUAAUUUUAUAUAUUUUCUUUUUAGUGAUCACAAUAUGCAAUGUCAUUGCUAUUUUGCUAUGAAUAAUAUCGUAUUCUAUGAAUUUAAAAUAUUUUAUAUCAAACAGGUUAAAAUGUGAUUAAUUCAGCAUAAUUUGCAUUGAUCUGGAAACAGGUUUCAGAUAGCUAGAAAUUAAUGUAUAUCCGUUGUAGGAGCAAAAGCUCCUAAAUGUCACUUUUAUAUGAGAUUUAAUUAAAAUAUAUAUAUAUAUAAAAUACAGCUAUUGUAGCACAAUGUUAUAGUUAAUCUAUUUUAUCAGAUGUAUUUGUCAAAUUCCCAAAUGUCUUACCAUAGUUUGUCAAACAAAAUACUUCAUUUAAAUAGUAGAUGGGUUGUUCUGUUUUUAUACAUAUUUGGAUGUCUAAUGUAUUGCUCUGUUAAAUCUCAGCCAUUUAUGAAUUCUUCUGCAAAACAUUUCAUUUAACUAUUUUAUAGUAUUGUGUAUUGUUGUGUAACUUCCUGUUUCCUUAGUUUUAUGGUGCAAUCUUAAAUUUUUAAACAUACUCUUUUUUUAUGUUUUUAUUUAUUUUGAUUAAGAAUUUAUGAAAAUCUGAGUUGGAAUGUAUUGUUGUUGUAGCUGGAAGUGUGUAAUUGUGAAAUAAUUCUCAGUGUACUUAAUCCUUUUUCUGUUAGAAGUCCCUCCAGCACAAUACAGAGAAAUGUCUUGAAGGGCCAUCUAGCAGCACUAAGUGUCUGUCAUUCUGUAGUUUAUAUAUAUAUAUAUAUAUAUAUAUAUAUAUAUAUAUAUAUAUAUAUACACACAUACAUACACACACACACACACACACACACACUAGUAUCCCUCAACUGCAGGCAUGUUUACAUAAUCUCUAUAUCUCAGACAUUACAUAUUUUUCAUAUCUAUUAAAAAUACUUAUGUCUAUCUCUAUUGCCAAAGCAAUUAAUUAUGUCCAGAAAAAUACAUUUUUUUUAAAAAAGUAAAGGGGCAUAAAUACCAAAAAAUAAAUUACUCUAUACUAAAAGAAAAAAAUCUGUAAAGAUUAAAGAAAAAACUAAAACUAUCAUGUGGUGUUCUUUUCUCGCUAGCCAAUAUGUAGUAAAAAUUGGAUAAUUAAGUGAUCCACCAUAUUGGCUAGAGGAAACGGGCAGAACCAUUUUUUUUAUUAAUAUAUAUUUAUGAUUGGCAUGGGGUAAACACAUUUAAUGAGGUUUUUUCUUUACUUUUUUUUGUCCCUUUUAUUUACUAUCGAGUAUUCGGAUUCAUUGUUCAGAAUAAAAACUGUCGUUGAAUUAUAGUUUACAUCUCAAUUACUGCAUAGCAUUUAUAUAGUCUAUUAUACAUUCCAAAACAAUGUACAUUAGGGAUCUGGAUUGAAUUAUCUUUGUAUAUUGUAAUUUGAGAUAUCUUUUACAAUAUAAGGUUACCCUGCAAAUGUAUUACUAAAUUGUAACUAUGAAAUAGAUAAUAUAUUUAAUAUAACAAAUAAAAAUUAUAAAAGUGCUUGUAGAUGAUUUGCUUAUUUCAUUGAAUUAGUUUUUGUUUGGGGGCAAAUGUAAUUGAUGAUUGUCACUUACUGUAAUUAUUCAUAAUCAUACAUAGAAGCUGGAUAUUUAAUACAGUCUAGAAUUAAUGUUUAUAAUUAACCAAAACUUAUGUGGAUCAUUUAGGUAGUUUAACAAAUAUAGGAUCGUUUUAACAAAUGCACAGCUUAAUUCUUAAAGUAUACCAGAAAUUUGUAAUGGGACUAAUUGAAUAAAUGUUAAAUUAUCUCUCUCCCUUACAUGAUCUAGCAAAAAUGUUAAUCUUUUCAGGGGAUACUAAUAAAAUUCAAGUUUUCAUGAUAA